AUAUUUUAUAAGCGUAACAAAAGAUUUUACAAUAUAUUCCGUUGUUAUAUCUAGUUUACUUUUUAUAGUAUGUAGCAUUUUUGUUUGUUUACUUGUAAUGUAAAUUAUUAUCUUAAAUUUUCAAGAUUCCUCGAAAAUGUACAACAUAAAUUUGCGUUAUAUUAUUUUUUUCUAUUUACGGUUGGCGUAGCAUCGAUGAGUGUUAAUAUGUUACGGUUUUUUGAGGCAGUCACGACACACAUGCUAUCCGAAGCUAUUUUAAUUGGUCUAAUUAUGUAUGCGCAUAUAUGUUACGGUUUUUAUGUCAGUUAUUUUGGACAGGAUGUAAUUGAUCACAGUGAACAUUUUUUUCAACAAAUAUAUAACACACAAUGGUACACAGCACCAUUAUACGCUCAGAAAUUAUUACUGAUGACAUUACGCCAAAGCAUCAAAAACAAUAAGAUAAUUGUCGGCGGUUUAAUUGUAGUGUCAUUAGAAAGCUUAGCUACGUUUCUUAGCAUGUCACUGUCUUACUGUAUGGUUAUGUUUUCGAUUCGUAAAUAAUAAUUAUGUAAUGUAUUUACGGCAGUAAAUGCAACUGGCAAAACAUUGAUGACAACCAAAUAGCAUUACCGAUAACAGAAGAUUUGGAUUACUUAAUUACAAAAUUUAAAAUAUUUAAUAUUAUAAUUCUUUUAUAACUUUUGUCAU